GAUUAUGAGCCUGAAGGAGUUGAAAAGGGGCAGGAAAAGAAGUGGAGGCAGCAUUCUUCCUAUUUAAAGCUGCAUCACUUGGGGGAGGGAAAAAAAAGGCAUUGCCGACUGUGCAGCAGGCCCAGCACUGUGGAAAAAGAGAACUUGCAGACUUUUUGUCCCAAGCCAGUGAGAGGCGAAAGGCAAAGAGCGGGAGGCUUCAUGGUGUUCGAAUAACUUUUUCACCCUUUGGGGGGGGCCACUUUUUCCUGGUCUAAGAGGAGGGUAUGUGCGUCUAAUAUUUAGACAUGAUGGCAACCUGGACCCGAAGGAGAACGUUUGUCACUCUUCUGGCUUUCCUGGGACAUUUGGGAACGAUACGAGCCCAAGAAGAGGAAGAGUUUGAAGGAGAACUUGAUGUUGAAGAGAUUGCUUGUACUCAGAACGGUCAGGUGUAUCUGAACCGAGACAUAUGGAAACCUUCACCGUGCCAGAUUUGUGUUUGUGACAAUGGAGCCACUCUGUGUGAUGAAAUCCAAUGUUUGGAGAUUUUGGAAUGUGAAAGCCCCCAGGUGCCCGUCGGCGAGUGCUGCGCUGUGUGCCCAAAUACAGCCCGAAAUGGUUUCGAAGGCACCGUUGGUAGAGGAAGGAAGGGUCAAAAAGGAGAACCCGGAGAUGUGCCCGUGGUUACAGGUAUAAGAGGACGGGCUGGACCAGCUGGGCCUCCAGGAUCGCAGGGACCUAGAGGGAUGCGAGGACCUAAAGGAAGACCAGGUGCCCGUGGUCCUCCUGGAAUCGAUGGGGAACCUGGUAUACCUGGACAACCUGGUGACCCCGGGCCUCCUGGACAACCAUCCACUGGGCCUGAUGGAGUGGGCAGACCCUUUACCUCUCAGAUGGCAGGACUGGAUGAGAAAGCUGGACUCGCUGGUCAAAUGGGAUUCAUGCCUGGCGCUCAGGGUCCCAUGGGUCCCCGAGGGCCUCAAGGUUUGCAAGGAUCACCAGGUUCUCCUGGCCCAUCAGGUCCUCCAGGUGAACACGGGGACCCAGGACCAAUGGGACCUGCUGGCGCCCGUGGCCCGGAAGGCCCUUCAGGAAAACCUGGAGAAGAUGGUGAAUCUGGUCGACCAGGACAGCCGGGAGAAGUUGGAUUUCCAGGAUCUGCAGGGGCUCGAGGUUUUCCCGGAGCUCCAGGUCAGCCAGGUUUAAAGGGCCACAGGGGCCAUAAAGGACUUGAAGGCCCUAAAGGUGAAAUUGGAGCCACUGGAUCUAAGGGUGAACCAGGCGCAUCAGGUCCGAUGGGUCUAACGGGACCUUUGGGUCCUCGUGGGAUGCCGGGAGAAAGAGGACGAAUUGGACCCCAAGGAGCACCAGGAGCUCGUGGUUCACAUGGUAUGCCAGGGAAGCCAGGGCCACCUGGUCCACUUGGUAUUGCUGGUUCCCCAGGUUUUCCAGGGAUUCCUGGCAUGAAGGGUGAAGCAGGUCCAACAGGCGCACGUGGUCCAGAAGGCCCUCAGGGACAAAGAGGAGAAACAGGUCUACAGGGUCCAGCAGGGGUACCUGGCCUUCCUGGCACUCCUGGGACAGAUGGUUCCACAGGCACAAAAGGGCCGUCGGGAUCUCCAGGUACUUCAGGGCCUCCUGGCUCACCAGGUCCGCUCGGUUCUCCAGGACCUCAAGGCAGCACGGGACCUCCUGGCAUUCGAGGACAAAUGGGAGACCCUGGAUUUCCUGGUUUCAAAGGAGAAGCAGGCCCCAAAGGAGAACCUGGUCCGCAUGGCCCCCAAGGUGCAAUUGGACCUGUAGGUGAAGAAGGGAAAAGAGGUCCACGUGGAGAUCCAGGAGCGGUUGGUCCUCUAGGAGCAGUGGGAGAAAGGGGUCCUCCUGGGAAUCGUGGUUUUCCAGGUUCUGAUGGUUUGCCAGGACCGAAGGGAGCUCAAGGAGAACGUGGGCCUGCAGGGGCUUCGGGCCCAAAAGGGAGCCAAGGGGAUCCUGGGCGCACUGGUGAACCCGGCCUCCCAGGUGCCAGGGGUCUCACGGGAAAUCCAGGUGUUUCUGGGCCAGAAGGCAAACAGGGUCCGUUGGGUGCCCCGGGAGAAGAUGGCCGACCAGGUCCAGCAGGUUCCAUAGGGAUUAGAGGCCAGCCAGGGAGUAUGGGUCUUCCUGGGCCGAAGGGCAGUAGCGGGGACCCUGGAAAACCUGGAGAAGCCGGCAAUGCAGGUGUCCCAGGCCAGAGAGGAGCUCCUGGAAAAGACGGUGAAGUUGGCCCUGCUGGUCCAGUUGGUCCACCCGGACCAGCGGGAGAAAGAGGAGAACAAGGACCCCCUGGUCCUACAGGCUUUCAGGGCUUACCCGGUCCUCCAGGCCCUCCAGGUGAAGGGGGAAAGCCAGGUGAUCAGGGUGUUCCUGGUGAGCCUGGAGCCCUAGGCGCCUUAGGUCCGAGGGGUGAACGUGGCCAUCCAGGAGAAAGAGGAACCCCAGGCGCAUCUGGUCUUCCGGGAGAAAAGGGGAUGGCUGGUGGUCAGGGUCCGGAUGGUCCAAAGGGCAACCCAGGUCCCACUGGAACCCCUGGGGAUCAGGGGCCGCCAGGUCUUCAAGGUAUGCCUGGAGAAAGGGGCAUCGCUGGAACUCCUGGUCCGAAAGGAGACAGGGGCAGUAUAGGAGAAAAGGGAUCUGAAGGUACAGCUGGUAAUGAUGGUGCAAGAGGUCUCCCAGGUCCAUUAGGUCCAGUUGGCCCUGCAGGCCCUGCUGGUGAGAAGGGUGAACCAGGCCCUCGAGGUUUAGUUGGUCCUCCAGGUUCUCGUGGAAAUCCUGGUUCCCGUGGUGAAAAUGGCCCUACUGGCCCAGUUGGUUUCGCUGGUCCUCCGGGCCCUGAUGGUCAGCCAGGCGUGAAAGGUGAACCCGGGGAGCCGGGCCAGAAAGGAGACGCUGGAUCUCCCGGACCUCAAGGGCUUGCCGGAUCUCCUGGACCCCCAGGCCCUUCUGGGGUACCUGGACUAAAAGGUGGCCGAGGUACAAAAGGGCCCCCAGGUGCUACAGGAUUCCCUGGAUCUGCCGGAAGAGUCGGGCCCCCAGGACCUACUGGCGCUCCUGGCCCAGCCGGGCCUAUUGGUGAGCCAGGCAAAGAAGGUCCACCAGGCGUUCGGGGGGAUCCCGGUGCCCAUGGUCGUGUAGGAGACCGAGGACCAGCAGGGCCUGCUGGCAGUCCCGGAGACAAAGGAGAUCCUGGAGAAGACGGACAGUCGGGUCCAGAUGGCCCCCCAGGUCCAGCUGGAACUACUGGUCAGAGAGGCAUAGUGGGAAUGCCAGGUCAACGAGGAGAGAGGGGCAUGCCUGGACUGCCAGGUCCUGCUGGUACACCAGGAAAGCAGGGGCCAACAGGCCCACCAGGAGACAAAGGUCCUUCUGGGCCCGUAGGCCCUCCAGGAGCUCAUGGUCCUGUGGGUGAAGGAGGCCCAGAAGGACCUGCUGGUAAUGAUGGUACUCCAGGACGAGAUGGAGCUGUUGGAGAACGGGGUGAUCGUGGAGAACCAGGGCCAGCUGGCCUUCCCGGUUCACUGGGUGCUCCGGGGACUCCAGGACCAGUUGGGUCUACGGGAGAUCCAGGACAAAGGGGUGAACCAGGCUCUCGGGGUCCGAUGGGUCCUUCGGGCCGUGCCGGAAAACGUGGUUUGCCAGGUCCCCAAGGUCCUCAGGGCGAUAAAGGUGACAAUGGAGAUCGAGGUGACAGGGGGCAGAAAGGUCACAGAGGUUUCACUGGUCUUCAGGGUCUGCCCGGACCUCCUGGUCCUAUUGGUGAACAAGGUAGCCCUGGAAUCCCAGGUCCAUUUGGCCCAAGAGGGCCUCCGGGUCCAGUCGGACCUUCGGGUAAAGAAGGAAAUUUUGGACCACUUGGGCCAGUUGGACCUCCCGGUGUAAGAGGAACUUUAGGAGAAGCAGGACCUGAGGGCCCACCAGGGGAACCUGGUCCUCCGGGGCCCCCAGGCCCUCCUGGCCACCUCACAGCAGCCAUUGGUGACAUUAUGGGUCAUUACGACGAUGGUCUUACUGACCCCCUGCCAGAAUUCUCAGAAGACGAAGCUGCCCUAGAUGAUAACAAUAGAACGGAUCCAGGAGUCCAUGCCACACUGAAGUCACUUAGUAGCCAGAUUGAAACAAUGCGUAGUCCUGAUGGGACCAAGAAACACCCAGCGCGGACUUGUGAUGACCUGAGGCUGUGCCAUCCAUCCAAAAAGAGUGGAGAAUACUGGGUUGACCCCAACCAAGGUUGUGUGGAAGACGCCAUCAAAGUAUUCUGCAACAUGGAAACGGGAGAAACGUGUAUUUCUGCAAACCCAGCUAGUAUCCCUCGGAAAACGUGGUGGACCAGUAGGUCACCCGAACUAAAGCCUAUAUGGUACGGGUUGGACAUGAACAGGGGUUCGCAGUUUGUCUAUGGUGACAGUCAGUCACCCAACACCGCCGUCACACAAAUGACGUUCCUACGGCUCUUGUCCAAAGAAGCCUCUCAGAAUAUCACCUAUCAUUGCAAGAACAGCGUAGGCUACAUGGACGACCAAGCCAAGAAUCUGAAGAAGGCUGUGGUUCUUAAGGGGGCGAAUGACCUUGAUUUUAAAGCAGAAGGAAACAGCCGCUUUCGAUACACAGUCCUUCACGACAGUUGCAAUAAACGCAAUGGAAAUGUUGGCCAAACAGUCUUCGAGUACAAAACGCAGAACGUGGCACGCUUACCAAUCAUUGAUAUUGCCCCCGUGGACAUUGGAAGUGCUGACCAAGAAUUUGGAAUAGAGAUCGGGCCUGUUUGUUUUGUGUAAAAGGAAGAAAAAGAAAAGGGAGUAAAAUAAAAAAGGAAAUACCUUACCCGUUCCGAAACAUCAGGAAUCAGCAGUAACAUCAACAAAACACAAGAGCUGAGACGGAGUGAAGUUAAUCCUGAGACUCUUGAAGUAUUGGCUGAUGAUGGGUCAGCAUUGUACAUAACAGUUCUUUCUCAUCCCCCGGCCCUCUUUAGAAUAUUUAUUUUACUAUUUGCAAGCCUUCAGUUUAAUUGUCCCAAGUCAACAUUUUAACGAGAUAGUAUAAUUUUACAAGGACAAAUGACCACCCUUUGAUGCGAAACCCACUAAUACAUCGUUCAUGCUUAUAAAGAAUAAUGGAUUUUUAAACAAAAAAAAAAUUCUGGGUUUUAUUUUUCUCAACUUAUAUGAGUGUAAUUCAAGUAAACAGAUGGAUAUAUGUAAGAGUUUUAAGUGUCCAGUCCUAGAACAUGCUACACUGACCCACUGCGCCAGGCGAGUGUCCUCCAAGACGGCAUCUAUUGGUACGAAGAGCCUGCAGCCCAGUGGACUGGCUGCAUAAUUCAGAUCGAGCCCUUGUUGAUUCUUAGGCUUGCCAAGUCGUCGUGCUGUGCUGAAGGGAGAAGCCAAGCCUGUCACAAAACCGUAUUCUCUUAAAGGUACAGGAAUCCUCUCAGAGUCUAGUCUUGGGAGCUUUAUCAUACAUCUGCCUUCAGCCCCUAUCAGCGCCAUGCUAAGCACCUUUCUAAGCCCCCUGACUUCAGGGGGCUUAGAAGGGCAUGAUUUGGCCGAGUUUGCACUGCCAGUUUCUCUAGAGACGUUGACUUUUUCCGUCUUGCAUAUAGAAUAUAGUUUCCUUUCUGAUGUUUUCCCCACACCCCACCUUCUUCAUGAACCCUUUCAAUUCACCUUCUCUGCGAUUCCACAUUUCUUCAUAUUUCUGCUUUUCAGCCUGUUUUGCAAGCUUUAAGUUGCCUGCACCUGAAGGUCAAUCUUCCUUUCUCCCCUUACCUUUAGGGUUGUCAGCUCCAAGCCGGGAAAUCCCAGGAGAUGUGAGGGUGGAGAUCGGGGUGGGGAGGGCCAUCAAACUAUAAUGCCGUAGCAUCCACUUUCCAAAGCUGGCAUUUUAUCCAGGGUAACUGAUAUCUGUCAUCUGGAAAUAAGUUGUAAUUCUUGGAGAACUCUAGACUUUAUUUGGGGCUUGUCAACCCUACUUGUCUUUCUUGCUAGUUCCUGUUCUCAAGCCUUGUGUUUUUCUUCCUGUGGUCCUGUUCUCUCUCCUCCAUUAUGAGGCUGAAAGCUCCCUGGACCAGGAACAUUUCUUCUAGAGCACUCAAAAGCACUUUGUUAGGAAUGGGAAUUUGGAGGAAUGACAGAUUAGCAUUCACAGUGUAAUUCUAUACAGUUACACUCUUCUAAUCUCAUUAAAGUCAAUUAUCAGAUGUAACUCUGUUUAGGAUUUCGCUGUGAAUCUACUACUACUGUUCUUCAGCCUGCGCUUAAGUUUUGCUACGUCUUUGGACCUUUUCCCACUUCCUAUUCUGUAGUCUAUCUCCCUUUCCUUGCUGCAUAGCUCCUUCUUUCCUUAGGGUUCCUAUGGGGGUUAUUUUCCCAGCCAAAGUGACACUGCACUGGAAUGUUAGUGAAUGUUCCGUGUGGCAGAUAUUUCAUUCACUGGAAUGCCCAUGAACAUAAAUCACAGUAGCUCAACCCAUCACUACCAGUGCCAGCUGUUUCAGCACAUAGGCUUUGCAGGCAGAAAGUAAUGCCACAAUUGCGCCCUCAUUUUAAAAUAAAAAGAUACACUUUUAAAAACAAAAUGCUCUUUGUAGCCCCUUGAAAUAAAGUGGUGGUUUCAGUGUUGCUCCGAAAUUUAACAGCCAGUCAUGGUACAUAUUUAAUAUCCAUUUUAAAAGUAUUUUCAAACAGAGGGGACAUAAUUGCUUUUCAUCUACCCAAAGAUCUUAAUCAUCUUCUGAUUCUCAUAUUAUUUUCCUUUACUGUCUUAUUUAUGUCUUUCUGAAGAGCAUAGGAAAUGGUCAAAAGUAUAAGAACCUGCAAUUUCUAAAUGGCUAUGUGCACAAAAAAAAAAGACUCUGGUGUAAAAAAAGUAGCAAAGUUCCUUGAAAAUGGGUGAACCCUUGGUGUGUGCCAAACUCUCGUAGGCCAUGAUAUUGCCAAGGCUCCUUUGUUUACUUUUUUGCUCUCUACAUAAGGUGAGUACAGAAAAAUAAUGUCAGAAUCAAUCCUAAGUGUGUAUGUGCUGCUUCCUUAUUACGAGUUUCUGUAAAUCGCUAAACACAGAUAACAACCUACCUUUUCUGCGUGUCUGGCCCUUGGACCAGUAUGCAAAGGAGGAAUAUAUGUACAAGGGAUAUAGGACUGCAGCUGUAGUUUUGCUCCCUGAUUUCACUGUGCUAAUUCCCACUGCCAGAAAACAAAAUGCUUUUUAAACCUCAUCCAUUGCCUCUAUAGGAUUUGCUGCAGUGGUGUAUGUGGUUUCCAACUAGACAGACACCCUUUCUUUCACCCUUCGCCAUAAUAUGCCAACCUGUCAUUUACUCUGCUUACAUCAGGCUGUCUUCUGCUUUGUGUAACUAAUUCAAAAAAGGUGUUCAUAUGUGGAAAGCCCAGUCACAACGUAGAAGGCUGAAGUAUAUGGUGUUCAAGUGCUUUCUGGUCAUCAUUAUGUAAUUUUAAUUUAAUUAUCUCCAUAAUUCAAAGGAUGCUCUGUUAGUUUGUUGCAGAACUUCUGCUGCUAUCAGUAGUCAUGGACUUGAUCAUGAAUUACUGUAAGUUUCAUUACCUUUAAGUUUCAUUCAGUAGGAGCAAGGUUUUGCUGGGGUGGGGGAAGAGAGCUGCCCUUCAAAUGAGUAUCUUCUAGUGAGCAAUUCCUCUUAAACAUGGUAGAAAUUGAGAAGAAUUUACUGGACUGUGGUCAGACUCAAAAUUCCUGAUGGACUUUAAGAACACCAGGAUUUCCCUACUGCCUCAAGGGUAUGUUCCCAGUUUUGUUUGUCGCCAUUUAUUCCCAUAUAUUAUUUCCAAACAAGUAUUAGUAUAAAGAUCAGAGGCUCCCUGUUGCUGAGAUCAACUUCCACUCAAGAACCGGUCAUGCAUCGCCAGAAAUUCUGAUUUACUGGCCUUGAUUUAUCAGGGUGAACAAUGGGUUCAUGAUUCCUUAGCGUGAGCUACCUCAUCUCUAGAAGCUGGGAUGCAUUUAAGAAUCUAGUGUUUGUUCUAGAUACAAAAAAAAAGGUGCUAUGCUUCUGUUAUAAUUCCAAGAAUGGAGAUAGGCAGGGCAAUAUAAUAUUAAAAAAUGUAAAAUAAAUAAAUAAAAACAAUGGUGCUAUAUUGGUUUCUGUAAAAUCAUGAGAAAAUGAAGACGGUUGCCAUCAACUUCUUUGUGAUAGAGUUUAGAUAUUAGAUUACUGGUUGGAAAAAAUGUUAUACAGUACAUUUUUUUCUUAUUAAGAUUAUGCCAUAUACAGAAUGCUGUGUACAUCAGCAUAUCUUCUUUUUUUCCAUAGAGCAUGUGGAUACAAACCUAUUUCUAGGGUCUGUUUCUCUGUCAAAGAACUGUGCUCUCCUGUUUUUUUGUUUCUUUAAAAAAUAAACACAAAAAAGAAAGAAAAGCCAUACGUAUAGCUUUAUUCAUGUAUCUUUGCAAAGCAUUUAAUUAAAUACAAGUUUCUUGUUGA